GGUUGGGAGGCUGAGCUGUGAGGGGCGCACACCUACAUGGCGGCCGCGCGGGCGGUUACAGGCCCGCGCCCGGGGACCUCCGGGUGGAGCCCGCGUGGGGCAGGCAGGGCCUGGAGUGAUGACCCUAGGCUGUGGUCAGGCAGAACCCAGUGGGCCAGGUUUGAUGGCAGCGGAACCCCAUCAAAGUAGAAACAGGGACUCAGCGAAAGCCUUGAAGGUCUGAAGACGGUUUGGUCCUGCGGAUCCGACGAAGACGAGGGCCCUCCCCUUGUCGGUGCUGAGGUGCAGUGAAAGUGAUGGAGACGAGACUUGCUCCCCGAUCAGGGGGAGUAGGGAGACAGUGAGCGGCACUUCUUGCCCUCCUUUAAAGAGAGGAAAACCUGCCGUUUCUCUAAUAAGGGGUCAUUUCUUCAGACCACCAGUCAUUCCUUCCGUUAACCUGCUGAGGCGUCCCAGAAAGGCGGUUUUUAUCCUUGAAACCGGCCUGCAUGGGUGAUCUCAUGAUGGCUCCGGGGGAGACCUCGCAGAGUCCUCACCUACCCUUUCACUUAAUCAUAAUUGUGACACUUUGUGACCUUGACCUGGUGUUUUGAAACUGAGAUUUGAACUAGGUUCCCAUUUUGCUUAUUUGGGCUUUAACCUUCAGUCCCUUACAGACACACAGACAGGAGCGUGUGUAUUUAAGGAGAUUCUCCUUCUUAAUACUGUUUUGAUAUUAAAGAGUUUGUUGGAAAUGUACUAAGUAAAACAAAACUCAACCUGGUACUUAAUGUCGUAGAGUAGUAAUGAUUCGUAAUUAAGUGGCUGGAGUGAUCAUUGGUUUCUAUUGUAUUUGUUUCUUGGGGGGAAAAUUACUUAUUUGGAGCUUUCAUUUUUAGAAUUCAAAAUGGGUGAUGUUGAGAAGGGCAAGAAGAUUUUUGUUCAGAAAUGUGCCCAGUGCCACACUGUGGAAAAGGGAGGCAAGCACAAGACUGGGCCAAAUCUACAUGGUUUGUUUGGGAGGAAGACGGGUCAGUCCCCUGGAUUCACUUACACGGAUGCCAAUAAGACCAAAGGUAUCACUUGGGGAGAGGACACACUGAUGGAGUAUUUGGAGAAUCCCAAGAAGUACAUCCCUGGAACAAAAAUGAUCUUCGCUGGCAUUAAGAAGAAGGCAGAAAGGGCAGACUUGAUAGCUUACCUCAAGAAAGCUACUAAUGAGUAAUAGUUGGCCACUGCCUUAUUUAUUACAAAAUAGUAAUGCCCUGUGACUUUUUUUUAUAUGUACCGUAUUUAAAUUGAUCGCAUACACCAGAAUUCAUAUCAUGAGUGUCUGACAGAGUGUUUUUGUCGGACAGUCCUGAAUUAAAUAAGAUUGGCUGCAGUUAAAUCAAUAUGAUCAAACUUUUUAAAUUUUGAUAGUAAUUUCAGUUCAACAAGUGUUAUCACUCCUUUCUGCUUCUAAAGAUACAUUUGGAGUUGAGGCUGGGUUGGAUUAGUAAUGUUCAAUUUUUCACAAAGAUGGUAAAUGCCAUCUCACAACCUAUAGUAAAUUGAUUUUAUAUUUAGAUGUAUGUAACUGGUUAUAUAAAUAUAUUUAAAUACUGGGGAAACCUCUUCACUGUCUCAUGGAACAGAGAAGACGUCUCUGUGUUUCAGUUUAUAUUCAUCAGCCUGUUUAAAUGCAAGGGCUGGAGAUAAGGUAGCGAUGGCCACUUUAUCUUGGCUCUUACCUAUGUCACUCUAAUUAAAAUUCCCUGUGUCUAAGAUGUUGCCUUUUAGUUAACAAAAGCCAUUUCAGUGUGGUUUGUUUAUGAUAUCAAAUAAAGAAUAUUUAACACUUCUCACAUUUUAUAGAUGCUCUAUAAGUUCAGAUACUUUUAAAAGUCAGCAUGAGGAGAUAAUAGUAGCAAGUUGAAUUUUGCUUUUAAAUUCUUUACUAAGUUGUAAUUCAGAAUUGUCUUUAAGCAGCUAUUCAAAAACAUAAAACUGUUGAACUACUGUAUAUAUAUGAUUGGUUAUGGUGCUUUUA